CACAACAGUUUGCAUACAAUAGGACACAGCAUGUAACAAGUAGUGCAUUAAACCUGCAGCAUCCUAUCAUUACAACAGUUUGUGAGGAAACGGUGCAUGUUCACGAAAAAUCACUCACUGACCCCAAUUUGACCUGGUAAAUAGCAUACCACAGGACAGUACACUUAACACACCAUGACUUAUAUACAAACUCCUUUUCUACAAACCUGUUUGUCAAAACAACACAGACAAACACUCGUCUCCUGGUCCCAGAAGCUUUGAAUUGAACUGAAUCCUGAACCGUUCAUCUGUGUAUCCGUUCAGGGGGUCGUAGUCGCAGGCUCCUCCCGCUGAAAGAUUUGGUGAUUUGUUGAAUGAAUCUUUUUAGUGAACUGAUUCUAGUGAUUCAGUACAUGUAAAAGAACUGCAGUGCCCAUCACCAUUUGAAGUGUAAUCAACUGCACUUUAAAAAACAAGAGGGAGAUAAUGGAUCCAAACUCAACCCUGCAUUCAUGUUGACAUAUGAACCACAGCCGAUUCAAACACCCCAAAUUUCAUCUUUCCUGGGAAUAAAGGUUGACAGGUAAAGCAGGCACUUAAGGACUCAGGUUUUGCACUCAAAGUUUCUGGGUUACACUGGAAAACUUGACCCCCUUCACCUGGGACAUUGUGUCCAAACGGGUCAGUGUCCCAGCAGGGGCGUCUGAACCAUCUGUUUCCGUGUCAGUGUAAAAUAACUAAAGUCCUGGUUUCAGUGGAGGGUUAUACUCUGUGUUACCUUCUGUUAAGACUGCCAUUACACCGUCACAUUUGCUCCCAAACAGGCCAACUCUGGAGGGCAGACUCAUGGCAGAAAGUCAGCUGAAACUAUCCCCAUCUACGCAUGCUCAGUUACGUUUCGCGCCUGCGCACUCCCCCGUCCGCGGCCAUUCAUUAUAAAGCCGCAGGUUUCUCCGUCUCUUUCCACCUUCAGCCAUUUUGACAAUGUUAGGAGCUGUGGGACGCUGCUGCACCGGGGCUCUGCAGGCUCUCAAGCCUGGGGUCCAGCCCCUGAAGGCCCUUGUAGGAUCCCCAGCUGUCCUUUCACGUGAGUUUUAAACGCUUUUUUGCUCUUGUGUGUGAAACUGUUUGGAGAAAUGAGGAGUUUAAGCGCCUGUCAGGGAAGGGCAGGGAGGAUGCUAACGUUAGCAACACGCUGGCUGCGCCGCUGCUGCAGGCCGUAACAUAUAAAUGUCACAUUUAAAACCUUUAAAAGCUUUCUAAAACAUUCAUAUUGAUAUAUUUGUGUGUAUAUGCUGUUAAUAACAGAUGUCAUAUAGUAGAUAGAGGCUGUGUUGUGUAGUUGUCGUGCUGGCAGGAAUGACCUUUCUAAUGACAUGAGGUGUGGAGGACUGUGCACAGGCUGCUAGGUUAGCAUUACAAGCUGCGUUUGAGUCAUGCCAGCCUAUCAGAUCGGGAAGGUCAUGUGUUUUUAUGCAAAACGUGUUAAAAUGCAUUAAAAUCACGGUAAUGUUAAAAGCUUGAAGAUGCAAACUUGUCUGCCAUUGAACGUCCUGUCUUUAGCAUUAGCAUUAGCUCAAAGUCAGCUCCAUUCAAACUCCAAGUGGAAAAGACGCGAUUAAAAGUGAUUUAUAUUCCACAUAAACACGUUUUUAGACCUUUAACAUCACUGUGGUUGUUAUUAUACUUUAGUUUUUGUGCUAAUUUUUCUCUGUGACCAUAAAUUCUUCGUGACAUUGAGGUUUGGCGUCAGCUGUCCUGCAGCUUUAUCCGCUAUUUUCAGCUUACUUUGUAGACUUUAAACACUCUGAGUUUAUUCCUGCUGCACCAUGAAGUGACUCUGACUCUAAUGCAUGCUGUGUGCGUGUGUCUGUUUUGGAUCCACAGGUAGAGACUAUGUCGCACCUGCCGCAGCAGCCGCCACCGCCACCGGCCGCAUUGUGGCCGUCAUCGGUGCCGUCGUCGACGUCCAGUUCGAUGAAGGCCUCCCUCCCAUCCUCAACGCCCUGGAGGUGACCGGCCGCGAUUCCAGGCUAGUCCUGGAGGUGGCCCAGCAUCUUGGUAAGCAGCUGAGGUCAUAUCUGAUCUGAAACCCAACAUAAUUCUGGAUUUAUCCAAGUGUUUGUACAACAACAUGAGUCCAAAACAGUGAUAUUCUGUCUUGUUUUUAGGGGAGAACACAGUGCGUACCAUUGCUAUGGAUGGUACCGAGGGUCUGGUCCGUGGGCAGGGGGUUCUGGACACUGGCGCCCCCAUCAGAAUCCCAGUGGGCCCCGAGACCCUGGGCAGGAUUAUGAAUGUCAUCGGCGAGCCCAUCGAUGAGAGGGGUCCCAUCUCCACCAAGCAGUGAGUAAUCGUUGACAUUAACGUUGAUGUAUAGGUUCAGUUAUGACUUCAUGACUGAUAAUGAGUUCCUUCUUUUUACUCAGGACCGCCCCCAUCCACGCUGAGGCCCCUGAAUUCACUGACAUGAGUGUAGAGCAGGAGAUUCUGGUCACUGGUAUCAAGGUUGUGGACCUGCUGGCCCCCUACGCCAAGGGAGGAAAGAUCGGUAUGUGUGUGAGCGUAAAUAUCUCUGCUGUAACAUCAGAUGACGUCCCCCUUUUUUAAUUAAUCUCGCUCGUGCUUUCAGGUCUGUUCGGUGGUGCUGGUGUGGGCAAGACUGUGUUGAUCAUGGAGCUGAUCAACAACGUGGCUAAGGCCCAUGGUGGUUACUCUGUGUUUGCCGGUGUGGGCGAGCGUACCCGUGAGGGAAACGACUUGUACCAUGAAAUGAUUGAGUCUGGUGUCAUCAACCUGAAGGACACCACCUCCAAGGUGAGGACAUGUCCAACUUGAAGACACUUCUAACUUAAGCAAACCAUGGAAAUGUCUCUCCUUGCAUCCUGGACUUACAUCACUUCUUGAUCUUGCUAGGUGGCGCUGGUGUACGGACAGAUGAACGAGCCCCCAGGUGCUCGUGCCAGAGUCGCUCUGACCGGACUGACCGUGGCCGAGUACUUCCGUGACCAGGAGGGUCAGGAUGUGCUUCUCUUCAUCGACAACAUCUUCCGCUUCACACAGGCUGGCUCUGAGGUCAGUAACUCGUCAUCAUCAUGUCCAUAAAGCGACGUCACAGGGGCUCGGAUAUAUUUGUAAACAAACAUGACACUUGUUCUCAAAUAUACUCUUUUAGGUGUCUGCCCUGCUGGGUCGUAUCCCCUCUGCUGUGGGUUAUCAGCCCACUCUGGCCACUGACAUGGGUACCAUGCAGGAGAGAAUCACCACCACAAAGAAGGGUUCAAUCACAUCUGUGCAGGUAAACAAACACCAAGGAUUUAAGCUGCUUUGGGCUGAAUGUCAAUACUGGCAACAGUGGACAGGGCUUCUAGAGUAUGUCAAGUUGACUAAACUAACCAGGUAAUUUCUCCUCUAGGCCAUCUAUGUGCCCGCUGACGAUUUGACUGACCCUGCUCCCGCCACCACCUUCGCUCACUUGGACGCCACCACUGUGCUGUCCCGUGCUAUUGCUGAGCUGGGUAUCUACCCCGCCGUCGACCCCCUGGAUUCCACCUCCCGUAUCAUGGACCCCAACAUCGUGGGAUCAGAGCACUACGACGUCGCCCGUGGCGUGCAGAAAAUCCUCCAGGUUUGGACUUUGAAGUUUUUAUGUUUUUAAAAUCUUCUUCUUUUUGGACAUAAAGGCUGAUCAGUUUCCUCUUCUUCUCCAGGACUACAAAUCCCUGCAGGAUAUCAUUGCCAUCUUGGGUAUGGAUGAGUUGUCUGAGGAGGAUAAACUGACCGUGGCCCGCGCCCGUAAGAUCCAGCGUUUCCUGUCCCAGCCCUUCCAGGUGGCUGAGGUCUUCACAGGCCACUUGGGCAAGCUGGUGCCCCUCAAAGAGACCAUCAAAGGUUUCCAGUCCAUCCUGGGUGGUAAGUUUGUUUAAACCUGUGGCUCAUCUUUUUCCCCGUUCCUCUUCUCAGAGCUGAUUUAACCCCUCGCUUCUCUUUUCGCCCUGCAGGUGAGUACGAUGCUCUCCCCGAACAGGCCUUCUACAUGGUGGGCCCCAUCGAGGAGGUCGUCCAGAAGGCCGAGAAGCUCGCCGAGGAGCACUCAGGCUAAACAAUCUAACUGUGGGGAGAAACGGAGAAGGGGUUCUGUGGUUAGGAGCACUUGGUUUGUAAAACAUGUCAAAAAAUUCAAAAUGUACCUGUCUCGUCAUCCUGAAAGAAAGUUCUAUUUAAUGUUUCCAAUGGAAGAUGGAAUAAAACACUGUCUUUACACCAAACAGCUUGUCAACUGUAUAUUUCCUGUAGGCCUUUAAAUAGCUGUAGAGCCUUUUUCCUGAUGGGAGGGGGGGGACUCAUGAUAAUGGCUGUCCUCAUCUACUUUGACCACAAGGUGGCAGUGCUGAGCCGUGUAAGCUUUAAUACUGUGUUGCAGCUUGUAACAUGCUGAAAUAAAACAGUGGACAAACAACUGGA